GCACCUCUUGUCGUUUUCACCAACCCAGAUGGGCCUUCUAGUGCCAUGUACUGAUCAUUCAACAGUCGCAGUACCCGGUGAGCGAUGACCAUUUGUUAAUCCGAUCCAGCACACCGUUUCUUCCAAAGCGAAAGCUUAAAGAAUUCAAUAAUGCUAUCCGCAGGACGAUCGAUGCUGUCGCUUUUAAGAACAUGUACUGUGCGGCAAGUUUGUCAAAGAAGCCGGUAAUGAGAUAGGCAUGGAAGAUGAAUCGAUGCAAUUGACCUGCACCAGAAGAUCCAUCGACCCUGCUGCGAGGCGCCGUGUCGUGCUCGUUGCGUCAAUGGCGGGAGUGACGCUGUCCGUGCUCCUCCUCGUCGCCGGCGUCGUGGCCAUGCUCGUGCUGCACAUCCUCAUCGUCUUCUGGGCGCUCAGGCGGGGCGUCGCCCUCCGCGCCGCGCCGGACGAGGAGCGCGCGGCGGCGGAGGGGCUGUCGGCCGAGGAUCUCAACGGGCUGCCGUGCCACGACCACGAGAGCAAGGCCGGCGCGGGCGGCGGCGAGUGCGCGGUGUGCCUGGAGGCGUUCCGGGCCGGGGACCGGUGCCGGGCGCUGCCGGGGUGCGAGCACGGUUUCCACGCGCAGUGCGUGGACCCCUGGCUGCGCAAGAGCCGCGUCUGCCCCGUCUGCCGCGCCGUGGUCGUCGUCGUCGCCGUCGGCCGCGGCAAGGCGGCCGGCACGGUGGCCGCCGCCUCGUCGGAGGUCGUGGCUGAAAGGCAGGGAGGCGCGGAUCGGUAGCUGCUAGCUAGUGAGUUCGGCUUCGACUUUGCCGUUUGAUUCGUUCGUGCUUGUACAUACAGACAGAAAGAAGCAGUUGGUUCUUUGCAUUUGCGAAAUCUUUAAUUUGUUUAGUUGCUACCAGUGUAAUGUUCAGUUCAUCCUUUGUAAUUACGAGCUGAUUUGAUUCAUUCGAUAGUGAUUACGAGUUGAGAAA